AUGCGGGCACCUAGCUGCACGCGCGCGGGCCUCAUGGGCACCGUGCUGAGCUUCAGCCCGCGGGAGCGGCGCCCGCCCGUCGCCGCGCCGCCGCCCGAUCGCGCCGCCCUCGCAUACUCCUACGAACGGCUCAACAAUGCCAAAAACAGAGAGAACAGGGAACUGCCGCGCGACGAGCGGCGAGCCACCCUCGACGACGCCGCCAAAAUCAUCUCAGAGAAAACAGCUCUAGAGAAAAAUUUAAAAAAGCACUCGUUAUUCAUCAAUGCAUUGUCGUGGAAGAGGUUCUCGACGGCAAACAAUAACAAGAAGAAGUUGGAAUGCAAGAGCAAAAGUGUGACCACAUUCCGGGCGCCGUUGACGGACAACGCGCCUCUGGAUCGCAAUAAGAAUGUGAGCGUGCAGGGUGUGUAUAGGCCGACGCCGUUGCCCGCACCUCUACCGGCAGCGGAGGUAGCUCGCGUGAACGCACUCAACAAUAACGUGUGCUAUGAGAAAUUGCCGACAGGCGUGGUCGGGCCGGCGGUCGCCCCUCGUAAAACGGUCAUUCAGGCUUCGACUUCGGAACUGCUAAAGUGCCUGGGGAUGUUUCUGCAUACGCGCUGCCAUCGCCUACGCGACUUCCAAGCGGGAGACGCGGUUAUGUGGCUGCGAACCGUCGAUCGCUCGCUGCUUCUGCAGGGUUGGCAGGACGUGGCUUUCAUCAACCCAGCGAACGUCGUGUUCGUGUACAUGCUGGUCCGUGAGCUGGUCGACGGCGAGCGCAUAGCACGCCCUCAAGACCUGCAAGCGGUUGUGCUCACCUGCCUCUACUUGUCCUAUUCUUACAUGGGCAACGAGAUCUCCUACCCCCUCAAGCCUUUCCUCGUAGAAGAUUCCAAAGACAAAUUCUGGGACCGUUGCCUUUUGAUCGUGGAUAGAUUAUCGUUCAACAUGCUAAGGAUCAAUUCCGAGCCUGGUUUUUUUACCGAGGUGUUUACUGAGUUGAAGGCUUGCGGGGUGGAAUCCCCGCCGCCGGCGCCCGCGCACCCCGCGCCUGCCCCCCCUCACGCCCUGACCGCUGCCUGA